AUGGUCAGAGCAGGUACUUCACUCGUUCUGCUCCAGCUUUUCAGCGUCUUCGCUCCUGGAGGAGCUUUUUCUCAGGAUAUCCUCUACCCCUUUGGACCUGCCCAUAGGGACCUAGAGACCCCAAAGAUGGAUGAUGGCAGUUCCCCAGAAAUUCCCCUGGCCAUGCCAUUCGUCUUCUUCACCACGUCCUACCGCUCUCUCUUCGUGAACAACAAUGGAGUGAUCUCUUUUGGCGUGCAAGUGAGCCAGUUCACCCCUGAAGCUUUCCCCCUCAGCGACAGUCGGUCCUUCAUAGCCCCUCUAUGGGGGGAUGUACACAAUGGCAUCCGGGGCGAUGUGUACUACCGAGAGAGCCAGGAGCCAGAAAUCUUGGAAAGGGCCACUCAAGAUGUGCGCAAGUUUUUCAGAAACAUGGGGACCUUCACAGCACAGUGGGCCUUCAUUGCAACCUGGCAUCAGGUCACGUUUUACGGAGGCAGCCAAACGACGCCGGUAAAUACAUUUCAGUGUGUCCUCGUUUCUGACGGAGCAGUGUACCUUUCCAUGUUCAACUAUGGAGACAUAGCCUGGAGUACUGGCACGGCCAGUGGGGGGGAUCCCCUUACGGGCCUGGGUGGAACCACGGCACAGACAGGUUUUAAUGGUGGAGAUGUGAGUCACUUUUUUAACCUCCCUGGGUCUCGUUCCAACGAUGUCGUCAACAUUGAACAAUCUACCAAUGUAAACCAGCCAGGGAGAUGGUUCUUCCGGGUUGACACGGACCAGAUUGAUCCUGCCAAUGGCUGUAGCUAUAAUGGGCGUUUCUACAGGAGGGGGGAGGUGUUCUGGCUGUCGGACCAGUGCUCUCAGCGCUGCCGCUGCCUGGACCUGGACAAUGAGGUCUUCUGCCAGGAGGCACCGUGCGGGCAGCUGGAGACCUGCGACCAGAUGGAUGGAGCCUACUACUGCCAGCCCACGCGCACAAGCACCUGCGUGGUGUUCGGAGACCCCCACUACCACACCUUCGACGGAUUCCUGUACCACUUCCAGGGCACCUGCUCGUACCUGCUGGCACGGCCCUGCUGGGAGACCCCCAGCUUGCCCUACUUCAGCGUGGAGGCCAAGAAUGAAAACAGAGGCUCAGCCUCCGUGUCUUGGCUCAGGGACGUCACCGUGGAUGUUUAUGGCCAUCGGAUAAAUCUGCCAAAGGGCACCCUUGGAACGGUUCAGGUGGACGGUCUGAUGAGGACACUGCCGGUGCAGCUGCAGCUGGGAGCCGUGCGGGUGUACCAGUCGGGUGUGGCAGUCGCCCUGGAAACUGACUUCGGCCUGCUGGUGACAUACGACGGGCAGCACUACGCCUCCAUCUCCCUGCCCAGCCCCUACUUCAACAACACCUGCGGCCUGUGCGGCAACUACAAUGACGACCCCGCCGACGACCCAGUGCUGCCCGACGGCUCGCUGGCGGAGAGUGUGGUGGAGCUGGGUGGCAGCUGGAGGGCGGAGGACUUUGACUGGCGCUGCACGGAUGGCUGUGCCCACAACUGCAGCGUGUGUGACCCGGUCACGGAGGCUUUCUACUUCAAGCCGGAUUACUGCGGUCUCAUCAACAAGACGGACGGGCCUUUCCGGGACUGUCGGGCGGUGGUGGACCCCACCGCUUUCGUCUACAGCUGCGUGUACGACAUGUGCAGCAACAGGGACAACAUCACGACACUGUGCCAGGCCAUACAGGCGUAUGCUCUGGCUUGCCAGGCGCUUGGAGUCACCAUUCGCCCCUGGAGAUCACGGACGUUUUGUGCCCUGACCUGCCCUGACUUCAGCCACUACGAGGUGUGUACCACUGCCUGCCCAUCUUCCUGCUCGGAGCUGACCUCCCACCUGCACUGCACCCACCCCUGCACAGAGGGCUGCCAGUGUGACCCGGGCUACGUCUUGAGCGGUAGCCGCUGCGUCCGUAGGGAGGACUGUGGCUGCGAACAGGACGGGCUCUACUACCCCUUGAACGAGACCUUCUGGGCAGGAGAGACCACCGAGCACGGGGAGGGCGAGUGCACCCAGCGGUGUGUGUGUGGGCCGGACGGAGAGGUCUCCUGCUUCAAUGACUCGUGCAGGGAAGGGGAAGUGUGCAUCGCUGAGGUCGGCCAGCUGGGCUGCUACCCACGACGCGAGGGUGUCUGCUUCCUGUCCCAAACGCAGGUCCAGGCCACGUUUGACGGGAAUGUGCUGCCGAUCCCCGACGAGAGCUCCUUCUACCUGGUGAAGCCGUGUGGGGUCAUGCCAGAAAACGUGUCCGCUGUGGAGGUGAAGAUGGGUAGGAAGCUGGUCAAUAAAGGCCCCAGCUGGAUGCGGCCUGUGGUGGUCAGAGUGGCUCAUCUGGAGGCUCAGAUCGGGGGAUCCGACUUCGACUCUGCCAAGCUGAACGGAGAGCCUGUGGUUCUGCCUUUUGUCCAUCCAGUGGACAUGCUGACGAUAUACAAGAUUGGAAACGUCACUGUCGUCGAGUGGAAUGGGCUGGUGAAGGUCCGCUACUCGCGCCAGGGCCAGCUCAACAUCUCCCUCUCCACGGUCUUCUACAAUGCCACAUGUGGCCUGUGUGGCUUCUUCAACAACGACCCAACCGAUGAUCUUCGCCUGCCAAACGGCCGGCAACCAGAGACCAGCGAGCUCUUCGUGGAGGGCUGGAAGGCUAUUGCUGACGACUUGACGUGUAACGGAGACUGCGAGGACCUGUAUCGAAUGUGUACGGACUUGCGGCUUUAUCAGAGCCCUUGGCUCUGCGGCAACAUCAACGAUCCGGGCAACAGCUCCUUCCUGGCGUGCCACAUGGCGGUGAACCCCUCUCCAUUCUUCCGGAACUGCCUGUACAACAUGUGCGUGAAAGAGGGCAACCGCUCGGCUCUAUGCAACUCCCUGCAGGCCUACGCCUCGGCCUGCCAGGAUGCACAGAUCAGCCUAGGUGCCUGGAGAACUGCCACCAACUGCCCUCUGCCUUGUCCUGAGAACAGCCAUUUCGAGGAGUGUGCCAGCUCCUGCCCCUUGACCUGCUCAAACCUGGACGAGUCGGACGACCGCUGCCCGUUCCCCUGCGGCGAGGGCUGCCAGUGCGAGGAGGGCUAUGCACUGCGCGACGGCCAGUGCGUGUUGCGCAGUGACUGCGGAUGCAUGUUCAUGGGCCGCCAGCUGGCCACCAACGAGACCUUCUGGACCGACUGGGAGUGCCAGGAGCGCUGCUUCUGCAAUGGCACGGACAACAGCGUCUACUGCACGUUCGCCCCCUGCGACUCGGAGGAGUACUGCCAGGAGGACGAGGGCCUGUACUUCUGCCAGCCACGCACGGAGGCGCUGUGUGUGGUUGCUGGCUACAGCCGCUUCCUGCCGUUCAACGGCAUCCCUUUCGACCUGCAGAGCAGCUGCUCGCUGAUGCUGGCCACCACACAGUGCAGUGGGGAGGAGGACGAGGAGGACGAGGACGACGGAGUGUUGCCACAGUUUAAGAUGUUUGUUCGAAAUGAGGAGCGGGACACGUCACAGUCCAUCUGGGCCAGAGGAUUUGUCCUGGAGGUGUAUGGUUACGAGAUUGAAGUAUUACGCAGCUACAAGCACACAGUCACAGUGAAUAAGGAGCGUCUGUUUCUGCCGUUGAAACUCGGCCCUAGCAAGGUCAACAUCUACACUCUUGGCCUGAAGCUUAUCGUGGAGACCGACUUCGGCCUGAAGGUGGCCUUCGACUGGAACACCCACAUCGUGCUGUCCCUGCCUCGCAGCCUAUACAACGCCACUUGUGGUCUCUGCCAAGGAGUGCCCCUCUCCGGCCCAUCCACCACCGUCACCGAGUGGGGCAUGACGUGGGCCAAGCGGGAAACCUUCUGCCAGGUGGGCUGCGGCGACUCGUGCCCACGUUGCGGGAAUGCUGAGAGGGCCGCCGACGGACCUGUCUCUGUAGUCGACAUAGCCGGAAACGUGGAAACCGACAUCGGCAACCCAGGGAACCGCUUCCACUUCUCGGAAGGACUUUACGUGUAUGUGGAGCCGGAGGCAGUGAGGCUGUGCGGGCUGCUGGUGGUCCGGACGGGGCCGUUCGCACGGUGCCACAGCAUGGUGCCGCCAGUUUACUUCUACCAGAGCUGCCUGCAGGACACAUGUCUGGACCAGGGGGCGCGGGAGACCAUCUGCAACUGGCUGCAGAUCUACGCCAGGACCUGCCAGACCCAGGGAGUGCCCAUCAUGGGGUGGAGAAGCUCCACACCUUGCGCUGUGACAUGCCCACCCAACAGCCACUACUCCAGCUGCAUGAUGGUGUGCCAGCCCCAGUGUGCCCCUGCCCGCGGCCAGAGAGACUGCAACCAGUACUGUGUGGAGGGCUGCCAGUGCGAUCAAGGAUACGUGCUCAAUGGCAAGAGCUGCAUCCUCAGUCAGAACUGUGGCUGCUACACCGAUGGCAAAUACUACGAGCCCAAGCAGCUGUUCUGGAAUGCCGACUGCACCAAGCGUUGCCAGUGCAUUGGCCGCAACUUGAUCCAGUGCAACCCGCGCCGCUGCAAAGCGGAGGAACAGUGCGGCCUUCGCAAUGGCGUGAGGGGCUGCUUUGCCCGUCGCACCCAGCACUGUGUGGCCUCGGGAGGAGGAGUGUUCCGGACCUUCGACGGUGCCUCUCUGCGCUUGCCCGCCUCAUGUUCGUUUGUCCUCUCCACCAUAUGCCACAAGCUGCCCGAGCUCUCCUUCCAGCUCAUCGCCAACUUCGACAAGUGGAGCACGCCCAACCUCACCACCAUCUCGCACGCCUACCUGUACAUCAACGAGGAGAACAUCCUCAUCUCCGGAAGCACCGUCAAGGUAAACGGCACCCCAGUGACAGUGCCCUUCGUCACGGGCCUCAAUACGCGUGUGUCCACCUCGGAGGGCUUCCUGGUCAUCGACACCCCACAGGACAUCCAGGUGAGGUACAACCGCUUCAACACGCUGAGCAUCACCAUGGGCCCACGGCUGCAGAACAAGGUGUGCGGCCUGUGCGGCAACUUCAAUGGCAACCCCUCUGACGACUACAUCACCUCCCGCGGCAAGCCGGCCCUCACCGCCCUGGAGCUGGCCCAGAGCUGGAAGACCAACGGCAUGCAAAACAGCUGCGAUGAGACCCAGUACGUGGCGCUGGCACAGUCCUGCGACAACACGGCAGUAGCGGCUCUCCAGGCGGAGGACAGCUGUCUGAAGCUGACGGAGGCCAAGGGCUUCUUCCAGCCGUGCCACGGGCUGCUGGACCCGCGGCCCUUCUACCUGUCCUGCUACCUGGACGGCUGCUACAACCACCACAAGGCCCAGGUCUGCGGCUCCAUGGCCGCCUACGCCGAGGCCUGCCGCUCCUUCGGCACGCUCACCACCCGCUGGAUCACCCAGGAGAACUGCUCAGAAUGGAUCUAUGACCCGUGUGCCGGAGAGACCUGCACAAACAACACCUGUGAACAGGACAACGGAGCUGGUGGAGACCUGUGUGGAUGCCCGGAGCUGCCCAGUAGUGAGAUAGGAGAGGAUGACAUCCUUCAGGCGGAGGUGACAUGUAAGCAUGCUCGCAUGGAGGUGUCUAUAUCCAAGUGCCGCCUCUUCCAGCUGGGCUUCGAGAGGGAGGAUGUGCGCAUCAACGACCAGCACUGCCCUGCAAUAGAGGGAGAGGACUUCAUCUCCUUCCACAUCAACAACACCAAGGGCCACUGUGGCUCCAUUGUGCAGUCCAAUGGAACCCAUAUCAUGUACAAGAACACGGUUUGGAUCGAGAGUGUGAAUAACACGGGCAACAUUGUGACACGAGACAAGACCAUCAACGUGGAGUUCUCCUGUGCCUACGAGCUGGACAUCAAGAUCUCUUUGGAGACGGUGCUAAGACCCAUGCUCAGUGUCAUAAACCUCACCCUUCCUACUCAAGAGGGUAAUUUCAUCGCCAAAAUGGCCCUGUAUAAGAACUCAUCGUACCGACAGCCCUACCGCGAGGGCGAGGUGGUGCUCAGUACUCGGGAUACCCUGUUCGUGGGCGUGUUCGUGGAGGGGGCAGACGCACGCCAGCUCAUCCUCAUCGUCAACAGCUGCUGGGCCACACCCUCACGCCACAGCACCGACAGGCUACGCUACAUCAUCAUAGAGAGAGGCUGUCCUAAUAUCAAAGACAACACCAUUGGCAUGGCGGAGAAUGGCGUUUCCCUCACCUGCCGUUUCCAUGUAACCGUGUUCAAGUUCAUUGGCGAUUACGAUGAGGUUCACCUCCACUGUGACGUUACACUCUGUGACUCCGAGGUCCAGUCGUGUAAAGUGAACUGUCCACACAACAGGAGGAUGUACUCAGGAGAAAUGGAACAUAGGCAACAGCAGAUCCUCUCUAUAGGACCCAUUAGACGACGAGAAUUCGACUGGUGUGAAGACAACAAUGGCGGCUGUGAUCAGAUCUGCACCAGUAAGCUGAGGGGGCCGGUGUGCAGCUGUGUCACAGGGAUGCUGCAGAGGGACGGAAGAAGCUGCCGUGUGGCGGGUUCUGGUGCUCAACUCCGACCUCUCAUCCCUUUGGUCAUUCUCGGAGCAAUCUAUUCCCUUCUGGCCCUCACACACACAUUAUCCUGCUUGUCCUAACCCUUCAUGUAACCACGGAGGACGAGGAGGACGAGAGACAGAAGAUGGACCCAGAAUGACCGCAAACAAUCAAAACAGGGACAUAAUGGAGAAAAGGAACAGCAUGAGAAAAUGGAGCAUCUGUACGUAACCAAGCCAAAAAAGGUCAUGAGUCUGCAACUGAAAGCAACACUACAAUCCUAAAGGAGUCGUCACCAGCUGGGAAUCUGCUCUCUCCGUGCCUGUGGAGGGCACAACACAUUGUCACCAUCACUCUUGACUUGGAGGCAUCCUGUCUGACAGUGCUGGAGGCCUCAAAGGAAACAAUCCCAGAACUUUUUUUUAACAAAAAAAAAGCAAAAAUAAAUGGACCUGGUUUUAGAACUUGAACAAGUAAUUUUUAAGGUCAAACAAUUCAAACAGUUUCAAACUCUCAAAAAGUAAACGUAGUGGAAAAAACACACACACAUAACAUGGCAAAAUUAUCUCAGAAUUUAUAAAACCUAGUCAGUCUAAUGGUUUAGAUGCAGAAUAUGCCUCUUACAGUACUCUUUCAUUAUUUUGUGUCUUUGGUUGGGUUUACUAAAGGCUUUGGUAUAUGUAAAAAGGCUUUAUAUUUGGGCAUUGACUGAGAUAUAGAUCUACCUAGUGCUGUUUUUUUCACUUGCCAAAGCCUUUGGUAAACUAAUCCAGUCUUGUCUUUGGUGCCGAUGCCUUAUUUGUCUGCUGUGAUUCUCUGAAUUGAUUCAUAUUUAUGUAAAUUUCUCAAUGAAAUGACAACACACAGCUAUACUCUGGCCAAUUAGUCUGUAACUGUGAUUUGCAAUAAAAAAAGAAACAACUUGAAUAUGAGACACUUAUCACUGAAAAUGUUGAAUAGUUCUGACAGUAUGGCAUUGAUGAGAUUCUUCUGAAACGUAACAUAACAAACUUCCACAAUGCAAGUUUUUUUUAUUUUUAUUUGCUUGUUUUUUUUGUUAAAGCCUUCACACUUUUACCGAGUAUUAAUGUCUGAAUGUGAAAACAAAUCCAAGUGUGUCGUUGACACUUAACAGAAAGUUGUUGAAAGUGAAUGCAAGUGUGUUUAAUAUUCCAAAAACACUAGUACGUGAGCAAGGCUUAUAUAUAUUUGACGAUUGCUUUGAUCUUUUAAAGAUAAUGAGUGAUUUGGCUAGUGGCAGUCCGUUGGUUUGAGGGAGAACAUCACUGUUUGUUAUGAUAUUCCUUUCAGAGCAGAUCAGUAAAUGGAUGUGUGACAUAAAAUGAAAUAAAUCCCAGACUUUAAUUAUGUGGUUCAUGCACAAAGUGUCCAUUGUGUAUUUUGAUAUCUAUUUUUGUCUAUUAUGACAAUCAGACCCAAAUGAUGAGGGUCAAAAAAGUAGC